CAACAGGCUGUGUCCCUGCUGAGUAUAGCAGAACGGCUGUAGUUACACCUAAAUUUCGUUGGCUAACCGCCACAGAGUAAAACUUUAAUGAAUUAUUUUUCUCGUAUUUAUUGAAGUUGGGGUGGAUAAAGGAAAAUAACUGCACAGGUGUUGUUUUUUCCACUAUAACUGGAUUUGUUCGAGGCCUUCGCAUGGAUGAGGUACGGCCUACCAGUGGUGCUCAAGCCCACGGGCUGGUGCCGCUGUUUCCCCCCGGACUGCAAGCUAUCUACGGGGAAUGCCGGCGACUUUACCCCGAACAGGCAAACCCGCUUCAAGUAACAGCCAUUGUUAAAUACUGGUUAGGAGGACCAGACCCGUUAGACUAUAUCAGCAUGUAUAGGAGUAUGGGCUGUCCAGCCCAGGAUAUCCAAGAGCAUUGGCACUAUGUCAGCUUUGGACUGAGUGACUUGUAUGGGGACAAUAGGGUUCAUGAAUUCACAGGGCCUGAUGGACCCAGUGGCUUUGGCUUUGAGCUCACCUUUAGACUUAAAAGAGAGGUUGGUGAGACGGCACCUCCAACCUGGCCAGCUGAACUCAUGCAAGGCUUGGCUCGCUAUGUUUUCCAGUCAGAAAAUACAUUUUGUAGUGGUGACCAUGUAUCGUGGCACAGUCCUCUCGACAACAGUGAGUCACGUAUUCAGCAUAUGUUGCUAACAGAAGACCCACAAAUGCAACCAAUUCAAACUCCAUUUGGCACAGUGAGCUUUCUGCAGAUUGUAGGUGUUUGUACAGAAGAGCUACAGGCGGCACAACAGUGGAACGGCCAAGGCAUCUUAGAGCUGAUGCGUGGAGUCAAAGUAGCGGGUGGCCCCUGGCUUAUCACUGACAUGAGGCGAGGAGAGACCAUUUUUGACAUUGAUCCACACCUACAACAGGAGAGAGUGGACCAGGGUAUUGAGACAGAGGGCUCCAACCUGAGUGGGGUCAGUGCCAAGUGUGUGUGGGACGAUCUGAGUCGGCCGCCAGAGGAUGAGGAGGACAGCCGAUCCAUCUGCAUCGGAUCACAGCCACGGAGGCUCUCAGACAAAGACACAGAGCAGAUCAGGGAGACGCUGAGAAAAGGACUGGAGUUUAACAGCAAGGCAGCACUACCACCCAUCAACAGCCAGAGACAGAGCCAUGAGAGACCUCAGAGUCGUAAGGACAGUUUGGAGAGUGAGAGCUCUGCAGCCAUCGUUCCUCAUGAGUUGGUCCGAACACGACAGCUAGAGAGCGUCCAUCUCAAAUUUAACCAGGAGUCUGGCACGCUGCUGCCCCUCUGCCUGCGAGGCCGGUUGCUUCAUGGGAGACACUUCACAUACAAAAGUAUCAAUGGAGACACCGCCAUUACCUUUGUGUCUACAGGAGUCGAAGGAGCUUUUGCUACUGAAGAGCAUCCAUAUGCUGCACACGGCCCUUGGCUACAGAUAUUGUUGACUGAGGAGUUUGUGGAGCAGAUGCUCGGGGAUUUACAAGAACUGAACACUCGUGAGGAGACAAAGUUACCAAAGGAGUACAGCUGGCCAGAGAAGAAGCUGAAGAUCUCUGUACUACCAGACGCUGUGUUUGAUAAUCCACUGCAAUGAAAUGGAGACGCCUAAUCACCAGGAAACGCCUGCAGACACACUACAGAGUGGACCAUCCCGAACAGGAGACCUCCAAGGACCCUGAGCUGUGAGAUAUGUUGUUCCUGCAGUGGACGGCCAGAGACUGUUUCACUCCUGUAGCUGAUAUGAGAGAUGAUCUAAACACUUUUGACUGUUACUGCAUUCUCAGACAAGCCCCACCGUUUACAACUUUUCCCUGAGGUCUGAAUGCUUUUGAAAAUAUUGAAUCAUCCUGAAAACCAGCCUGUCCAGAUGGUCAGCCUUUAAGAACAAUCAUAGGUGACAUAGUAGCUGUAGGGCAGUACGGGAUGUUGUCAUUCCUUUAGCUAGGACUGCCAAGAUCUGAGGUCUAAAAUAUACACAUGGCUCAGUACAUUUACAUGCAGUUAAAAAAAGUCAAAUUAUUGUGUCAAUCUGGCUAAAACUGAACUUUUAAAAUGCAUGUUUGUUUGGCUGAUAUUGUGCUAAGUGAAACUUCUCAGUGUUGGGCUAACACACCUAGAUAAUGUGGCUGGAAAUUUCAGUGCCAUGCUUGAACUUGACGAGCACAAAUGCGAACAAUGGCUUCUUUCUGUCUUUGAAGAUUGCCAAUAGCUCAAGGGCUAGAGUGCAUUGCAUCUAUACCAAAAAUAAAGCAUAGAAAAGGUACAGUAUGUGCAGAACUGUAAAAUUUGUCCAUGUUUUCAUUGUUCAACAUACAGUUUACCACUUGGUAUUUGUCAACAGGAAAAGAGCCAGAAUAACUGAGCAGAGGAAACCCUCGAUAAAUCAAUUCUCUCACUGUCCAUGUAACUGGGAUGAGGACUGUAGUCCAGUUAAAUUCCGUAAUGGUGCUGUAAUCACAGCUUGACUUAUCUGUGCAUGUAAACGUACUGACUAAGACAAAUGACAGUGCAUCCAAACACUAACUGGGUUGAUGUGUCUAUAAACAGUUCUAUUUAUUCCGCAGGCCUUAGACAGGACAAAAACUAAAGUUUUAUCCUAUUUGUCGGUGUGUUUUUACAGCUGGAGCUCCUGUGUUUAUUAUUAACAAAUGCUGGACAUUUUUCUUUUAUGUUUGUGGUCAUACCAAAGUUUUACUUGUCAACAGUCUGCUGCCUGAACCGUCUGCUUCACAAAUGUGUCAUAGUUCUGUAAUAAUGGCAUGACAGGAUGAUGAACUGCCCUUGUCUGAGACAUCCAAACAAGCAUCUGAACUGUUUUUAUAGUUAUCUGGAAAAUACUGCAGGUGUGACCACCUCCUAUCUGAUGUGCCAAGAACAUGACUCCUCUCUUGAGUAAUUGUUUUUGAAUGUGACUGUUUAGAUUUCUCAUGCACGAUCAUUUGUGUUUUAAAGUUCUGAAAUAUAUCAAAUCUGUUAAACAUUGAGAGGGGGAGACUGUGGCAUGUCUUCUCUCAAAUGUUGUCUCCAGUGGCCACACAAAUAUUUUUUCCUUAUCAGUAGGACCUGCCUGAAAUUGCAUCGGAGUAAAAUUCCUCAGUGCCUUGGAUUGGAAAGGACCACAUAUUCUGUUGACCCUUAAUGCUGCCUACAGCUCUUCGAUUGUUAUGAGGUAUCACUUCAUAUCAAGGCUGCUGUGUUCAUCGUCUGUCUCUGGUUUCAUUAUUGCAUUCCACGUUAACACCAAAACAGAGAACAGUGUCUUUUUACAAUAAUGUAUACUCUUAUACAUAUGUCAACGUGUCUUAUUUUGUUUGUCUUUUUUAUUCAGAGCGAGAAAUGUAAAGUUUAGACAUUCUUUAUAUGUUUUUGUAAUGCUAUCUCAUUGACUGAACUGGCUGAUUGUAAUCCCAAGUGCAUUAAAAGGUGUAGGUAUUUACACAAAUAAAAG